GUAAAAGAAAAUAUAUUUGCUCCUACGUGGAAUAGGUUGUAAUGGCUGCAAAAAAGAGGGAGGGUAUUCUGGUUCAAGUUGGACUGGAAUACAGAUACAUGCCACCAGUUGCUAAACUGAUUGACAUAGUGAAGGGUGGUAAUCUUGGACAAGUUCAAAUGGUGGCGAUUCGUGAACAUCGAUUUCCUUUCUUGGUUAAGGUCAACAACUGGAACCGUUUCAAUAUUAAUACUGGGGGGACUCUGGUGGAAAAAUGCUGCCAUUUCUUUGAUCUGAUGAGGCUGUUUGCAGGUGCAAAUCCUGUCCGUUUGAUGGCAUCUGGAGCCAUUGAUGUUAAUCACAAAGAUGAAAUAUAUGAUGGG